GAUGGAGGCUGAGCCGGAGCGAGCGGAGGCGCCGCGGAGCGGCGGCGUCGCCGGGGUACUAAAGAUGGGCCGUCGAGCCCGCCAGGACCUCUUUGCAAGUGAAAAACUCAGCACGAAGAAUUCCCCGUCUGCUUCUCUUGGAGAGGUUCCACCACCUAAACCCCCACGCCGGCAAGGAGGCUGGGCAGAUGAUCCUGUGCAGGCAUCUACCAAGUCAGGAAGAAAGCAUGCAGAAGAAGUGGAAGACCAUCGUCUCAGACAGCAGAGCCUGGAGGCAUCAGAUGAUGGAGGAGACAUUCCUGUGAUCCCUGACUUGGAGGAAGUCCAGGAGGAAGAUCUGGCCAUGCAAGUGGCAGCUCCCCCCAGUGUGCAGGUGAACCGAGUGCUGACCUACCAUGACCUGGACAAAGAUCUAAUGAAAUUUUCUGCCUUCCAGAGUCUGGAGAUAGACCUGAAGCUCCUCACCAAAGUUUUGGCUCCAGAGCAUGAGCUACGAGAGGAUGAUGUCAGCUGGGAUUGGGACCAUCUCUUCACAGAAGUGUCAUCAGAGCUAGUGACUGAGUGGGACCUGGGACAGUCGGAGAGGGAGGACCACCCCAGUCUCCCAUAGAGCUCUGACACACCAGAUGUCUCAUACAUCCAUCUCCUGUAAAUAGUUAAGCACCUAAAUUUUCUAUUCACUUGUUUGUAUUUGAGAAUUUACUUCAGACAUGAAAAUAAAUAGGACCUUGCUUCAUAGAAAAAUUGUCUUGGGAGAAGUUUGGGUUAUUUUUUAAUAAGAAUUUUUGUUCUCAAAAGAAAUUAAGAAUUCUAAACACAAUAAAAUAUUUACUUAUAAAGAGUCAUUCCACCUCAAUAGCACCUCUGCAGAUAACUGCAAUGGUUGAUCUUUUCUUUGUGGAAACGCUGUCUCUCUGGAGUGGACCAUCGUACAAUGGAGUGUGGUUUGCACUGAUGGCUAUCAGAGAAGCUUGAGCUGAUUUGACUUGUUUUCAUAGGACAUCCAGGUUACCAUCUUCCUCACAAUAGACACCUCAAGCUGUCAGGAUAUCUGAUACACAUUUCAUCCAGCAGCCUUCAGCCUUUCCUUGUUAGUUUAACCUCUCUCUUGGCACAUUACCUCUGUAUUGACUCAGGAUGCAGCAUCACCUAUUAAACUGCCACUUCUUACAGCCCCUCUUUAUACCUUGAGGUUUCCCAGCUAAAUUCUGACCGGGCUUAACCUCACUUAGCUUUUGCAAACACAUGAAACCACAGCCUGAAUGGAGAUCGCUUCAGGCAUAGGUACUUUGCAAGGAAAAUGUUUAUUCCAUGUAUGUGAAAGAAUGGAGCCUGAUGCUCUCAAAUAAGAUAACUCCCUGGUGGGUGUCUCCUUGGAACCAAGUAACUCACUCUUAUUGUCAUCUAGCUAAAGAAAAACUCUUUUUGCUGUUAAUGCCUUGUCCCUGUAGAGCCAUGGUCAUUAUUUGCAGGAAACAGUAAGAUUACUUCUAAACCAAUGUCCUUCAAAGCCUUGCCCUGUUGGAGAAUCUUGCUCUAUACUUCUGGGGGGGUGCAGGUGCUAGGAGGAAGCUUGCUGUGCUGCUUUUCUUUGCUUGUUUGGUUGGUCUGACAGAGCACUGCAUUCCCACUUUUGUGACAGCAGGACAGGUCAAAUAGCUCACUGUGAAUUCACUACUCUGCAGAAUUUCAGGUGAGAGCUGACAUGCCAAACAACUUUACCAACAAAAAAGAAGGAGUUGGGCCCCACUCUGGGGCCACAAAAAUAGUGGGAGACUUAGCUGUCUUAAGGAAACUCUAAGCUUUUUACAACCAAGACAUCUGUCCUGUAACUAGAAAACUAAGUAAGGCAUAAGCUUGGGAGGCCACUGUAUGGAAGAUAAUCUGAAAGUCUUUCUCUGAGCAGAAAAACCUGUUUUGGUAGGAGCAGAAACUUCAUAGCUGAGACAGCAUCUACUUUUCUGUGACACUUAUGAUUCCUAGUCAAAAAGAAUUUAGAAUGCUUUGUACAUCCAGGAAAAAAAUUAAU